GUUGCUCCCAGACCGCGCGGAAGCUCGCUGUGCCUUUAAAGAAAGCAGACUCCUGGCUGUGACGCACUUCUGGCUGUCAGCCAGGAAGAUUGCUUCUGCCUGGCCGACUGAGAAGAAACCCAACAACUUUUCUUUUGUGUGUGGGGUUACUUUCCACUGCCCCCCCUUACUCCUGUCCUUUCAAGAUUUAAAUGCUAAUGGCGGAUUAAAACCUGUAGAUACGUUUGGCUUUAGGAGUCCGGUGAGUUGGAGUGAGCUGGAAUCAGAAAGAUGACACUCCAUGCCACCCGGGCAGCUACGCUCCUCUCUUGGGUGAACAGUCUGCAUGUUGCUGACCCCGUGGAGACAGUGCUGCAGCUCCAGGACUGCAGCAUCUUCAUCAAGAUUAUUAACACCAUCCAUGACACUAAAGAGGGACAACAAAUCCUACAGCAGCCACUACCAGAAAGACUGGACUUUGUUUGCAGUUUUCUACAGAAAAAUCGGAAACAUCCUUCAUCUACACAAUGCCUGGUAUCUGUGCAGAAAGUGAUAGAGGGAUCCGAGAUGGAGCUGGCCAAGAUGAUAAUGCUGUUUUUAUAUCAGUCCACCAUGAGCUCCAGAAACCUCCGGGACUGGGAGCAGUUUGAAUAUGGGGUUCAGGCUGAGUUAGCUGUCAUCCUGAAGUUUAUGCUGGAUCAUGAGGAGUCACUAAACCUUACUGAAGACUUAGAGAAUUUCUUGGAGAAAGUUCCUUACACCCAUGCCAGCACCCUCUCAGAAGAGCUUUCUCCACCCAGCCACCAGGCCAAGAGGAAGAUUCGCUUCCUAGAAAUACAGAGGAUUGCUUCAUCUUCCAGUGAGAACAACUUCCUCUCAGGUUCUCCAUCCUCACCUAUGGGCGACAUACUGCAGACCCCACAGUUCCAGAUGAGACGACUGAAGAAGCAGCUGGCAGACGAGAGGAGCAACAGAGAUGACCUGGAGCUGGAGCUGUCUGAGAGUCUCAAGCUCCUCACUGAGAAGGACGCGCAGAUCGCCAUGAUGCAGCAGCGCAUUGAUCACCUGGCUCUACUGAAUGAGAAGCAGGCAGCCAGCUCUCAGGAGCCCAGUGAGCUUGAGGAGCUCCGUGGCAAGAAUGAAAGCCUCACUGUGCGGCUGCACGAGACUUUGAAGCAGUGUCAGAACUUGAAGACCGAGAAGAGCCAGAUGGAUCGAAAGAUUAGCCAGCUUUCUGAGGAGAAUGGGGACCUUUCCUUUAAGGUGCGAGAGUUUGCAAACCACUUGCAACAACUGCAAGGUGCAUUCAAUGACCUGAUAGAGGAGCACAGCAAGGCUUCUCAGGAGUGGGCAGAGAAGCAGGCUCGUCUGGAAAAUGAGCUCAGCACAGCCCUCCAGGAUAAGAAAUGUCUUGAAGAGAAGAAUGAAAUUCUUCAGGGAAAGCUUUCCCAGCUGGAAGAUCAAGCAACUCGGCUGCAGGAGAGCCCAGCCCCGGAGAAGGGUGAGGUGCUAGGAGACGCCUUGCAGCUGGACACCCUGAAGCAAGAGGCAGCCAAACUUGCCACAGACAACACCCAGCUCCAAACCCGAGUAGAGACUCUGGAGUGUGAACGUGGCAAGCAGGAAGCCCAGCUGCUUGCUGAACGGAGCCGCUUUGAAGAAGAAAAGCAGCAGCUGGCCAGCUUGAUUGCUGACCUGCAGAGCUCCGUCUCUAACCUCAGCCAGGCCAAAGAGGAGCUAGAGCAAGCCUCCCAGGCCCAAGGGGCUCAGCUCACUGCCCAGUUGACCUCUAUGACUGGGCUCAAUGCCACUCUGCAGCAGCGAGAUCAAGAGCUGGCCAGUCUGAAAGAACAGGCCAAAAAGGAACAGGCUCAGAUGCUACAGACCAUGCAAGAGCAAGAACAGGCUGCCCAGGGCCUCCGCCAGCAGGUGGAGCAGCUGAGCAGCAGCCUGAAGCUGAAGGAGCAGCAAUUGGAAGAGGCAGCCAAGGAGCAGGAGGCAACCAGACAGGAUCAUGCCCAGCAACUGGCCAUCGUUGCUGAGGCUCAAGAGGCCUCUCUAAGGGAACGGGAUACAGCUCGCCAGAAGCUAGAAACAGUGGAGAAGGAGAAGGAUGCCAAGCUAGAGAGUCUGCAGCAGCAACUUCAGGCUGCCAAUGAUGCUAGGGACAGUGCGCAGACCUCAGUCACACAGGCUCAGCAGGAAAAGGCAGAGCUGAGCCAAAAGAUAGGAGAGCUCCAUGCCUGCAUUGAAGCUUCCCACCAGGAACAGUGUCAGGCUCAAGCUCGUGUGACAGAGCUAGAAGCCCAGCUGAAAGCUGAGCAGCAAAAAACAACUGAGAGAGAAAAGGUGGUUCAGGAGAAGGCCCAGCUCCAGGAGCAGCUCCGGACCCUUGAGGAGUCUUUGAAGAUUACCAAAGGCAGCCUUGAAGAAGAGAAACGCAGGGCUGCAGAUGCCCUGAAGGAGCAGCAGUGCCGUGCCACUGAGAUGGAGGCAGAGUCUCGAAGCCUGAUGGAACAGCGGGAGCGGGAACAGAAGGAGUUAGAGCAAGAGAAGGCUGGGCGAAAGGGGCUGGAGGCCCGGAUACAGCAGCUUGAAGAGGCUCAUCAGGCUGAGACUGAAGCCUUACGGCAUGAGCUGGCAGAGGCCACAGCUUCCCAGCACAGAGCUGAGAAUGAGUGUGAGCGGCUUAUCAGAGAGGUUGAGAGCCGGCAGAAGCGGUUUGAAGCUAGACAGCAAGAGGAGGCAAGGUACGGUGCCAUGUUCCAGGAACAGCUGAUGGCUUUGAAAGGGGAGAAGACUGGCCAAGAGGUCCAGGAGGAGGCAGUAGAGAUUCACAGUGAAGGCCAGCCAGGUCAGCAGCAGAGUCAGCUAGCCCAGCUUCAUGCCAGUCUGGCCAAAGCCAUCCAGCAGGUCCAGGAGAAGGAAGUGAGAGCACAGAAGCUGGUAGAUGAUCUCUCAGCUCUGCAGGAGAAGAUGGCUGCCACUAACAAGGAGGUGGCCCGUCUGAAGACCUUGGUGCUCAAGGCAGGUGAGCAGCAGGAAACAGCCUCACUUGAACUGCUCAAAGAACCCCCAAGAGCUGCAAACAGAGCGUCUGACUGGCUAGGAGAACAGCAGGAACGGCCAUUCUCUAGCACACAGGCAGCAGUAAAAGCUAUGGAGCAUGAAGCUGAGCAGAUGGGCGGUGAACUGGAGAGGCUGCGGUCAGCACUGAUGAAGAGCCAGGACCAGCAGCAAGAGGAGCGUGGGCAUCAGGAAAGGGAAGUAGCACGGCUGACCCAGGAGCGGGGCCAGGCCCAGGCUGACCUGGCUCAGGAGAAGGCAGCCAAGGCAGAGCUGGAGAUGCGACUGCAGAACACCCUCAAUGAGCAGCGUGUGGAGUUUGCUGCCCUACAGGAAGCACUGGCCCAUGCCCUGACAGAAAAGGAAGGGAAAGACCAAGAGCUUGCCAAACUUCGAGGGCAAGAGGCAGCUCAAAGAACAGAGCUGAAGGAGCUUCAACAGACUUUGGAACAGCUGAAAAUACAGUUAGUGAAGAAAGAAAAAGAGCACCCUGCAAGGGGUACCAGUGGAGAAGAUGCUUCUGACCCAGGAACCCAGUUGGAGACAGCUGGAAAGACAGAUGCACCAGGCCCUGAGUUGCAGGCACUUCGGGCAGAGAUCAGUAAGCUAGAGCAGCAGUGUCAGCAGCAGCAGCAACAGGUGGAAGGCCUGACACACAGCCUCAAGUCUGAGCGGGCUUGCCGGGCCGAGCAAGACAAAGCCCUGGAGACAUUGCAGGGCGAGUUAGAAGAGAAGGCUCGAGAGCUAGGGCAUAAUCAGGCUGCCUCAGCUUCAGCUCAGAGAGAGUUGCAAGCUCUCCGUGCUAAAGCCCAGGACCAUAGCAAAGCUGAGGAAGAGUGGAAGGCCCAGGUAGCCCGGGGCCAGCAGGAGGCUGAAAGAAAAAGCAGUCUUAUCAGCAGCUUGGAAGAGGAGGUAUCCAUCCUGAAUCGCCAAGUCCUAGAGAAGGAAGGGGAGAGCAAGGAGUUGAAGCGCCUGGUUGUAGCUGAAUCCGAGAAGAGCCAGAAGCUGGAAGAGAGGCUGCGCCUGCUUCAAGUAGAAACAGCCAGCAAUAGUGCCAGGGCAGCAGAACGCAGCUCAGCUCUACGAGAGGAGGUCCAGAGCCUCCGGGAAGAGGUGGAAAAACAGCGUGUAGUUUCAGAGAACUCGCGUCAGGAGUUGGCCUCACAAGCAGAGCGAGCUGAGGAGUUGGGCCAAGAAUUGAAGGCCUGGCAGGAGAAGUUUUUCCAGAAGGAACAAGCUCUCUCUGCCUUGCAGCUGGAGCACACCAGCACACAGGCCCUGGUAAGUGAGCUGCUGCCUACCAAGCACCUUUGUCAGCAGCUGCAAGCUGAGCAAGCGGCUGCGGAGAAGCGCUUCCGGGAGGAGCUUGAGCAGAGCAAGCAGGCAGCUGGUGGGCUCCAGGCAGAGCUGAUGCGGGCCCAGCGGGAGCUCGGAGAGCUAGGAUCUUUGCGGCAGAAGAUUGUUGAGCAGGAGCGAGCAGCCCAGCAGCUGCGGGCAGAGAAGGCCAGCUAUGCAGAACAGCUGAGCAUGCUGAAGAAGGCCCAUGGCCUGCUGGCAGAGGAGAACAGGGGGCUGGGAGAGCGGGCCAACCUUGGCCGGCAGUUUCUGGAAGUAGAACUAGAUCAAGCCCGGGAGAAAUAUGUCCAGGAGUUGGCUGCCGUGCGUACUGAUGCUGAGACCCACCUGGCUGAAAUGCGACAAGAAGCGCAGAGUACUAGCCGGGAGCUGGAGGUGAUGACUGCCAAGUAUGAAGGUGCCAAGGUGAAGGUCCUAGAGGAAAGGCAGAGGUUCCAAGAAGAGAGGCAGAAACUCACCGCCCAGGUGGAACAACUAGAGGUAUUUCAAAGAGAGCAGACUAAGCAGGUGGAAGAACUAAGUAAGAAGCUGACAGAGUAUGACCAAGCCAGCAAGGUGCAGCAACAGAAGCUAAAGGCUUUCCAAGCCCAGAGAGGUGAAAGCCAGCAAGAGGUCCAGCGCCUCCAGACCCAGCUGAACGAGCUGCAGGCCCAGCUGAGCCAGAAGGAGCAGGCAGCUGAGCAUUACAAGCUCCAGAUGGAGAAAGCCAAGACCCAUUAUGAUGCCAAGAAGCAGCAGAACCAAAAGCUGCAGGAACAGCUUCAAGACUUGGAGGAACUGCAGAAGGAGAACAAGGAGCUGCGGUCUGAAGCUGAACGUCUGGGCCGUGAGCUGCAGCAGGCAGGGCUGAAGACCAAGGAAGCUGAACAGACCUGCCGUCACCUUACAGCCCAGGUGCGCAGCCUGGAGGCCCAGGUUGCCCAUGCAGACCAGCAGCUUCGUGACUUGGGCAAAUUCCAGGUGGCAACUGAUGCCUUAAAGAGCCGUGAGCCUCAAGUGAAACCCCAGCUGGACUUAAGUAUUGACAGCCUGGAUCUGAGUUUGGAGGAGGGAACCCCAUGCAGUGUGGCUAGCAAGCUGCCUCGUACCCAACCAGAUGGUACCAGUGUCCCUGGAGAGCCAGCCUCACCUAUCUCCCAGCGCCUGCCCCCCAAAGUGGAAUCCCUGGAGAGUCUCUACUUCACCCCCACUCCUGCUCGGGGUCAGGCCCCCUUGGAGACCAGCCUUGACUCUCUGGGGGAUGCCUUCCCUGACUCCGGCCGUAAGACCCGCUCUGCUCGCCGCCGUACCACACAAAUCAUCAACAUCACUAUGACCAAGAAAUUAGAAUUGGAAGAGCCAGACAGCGCCAACUCAUCCUUCUACAGCACGCAGUCUGCUCCUGCUUCUCAGGCCAACUUGCGAGCCACUUCCUCCACUCAGUCUCUGGCCCGCUUGGGUUCUCCUGAUGAUGGCAACUCCGCUCUGCUUAGCCUGCCUGGCUACCGGCCUACCACACGAAGCUCUGCUCGUCGCUCCCAGGCCAGGAUGUCCAGUGGGGCCCCCCAAGGGAGGAAUAGUUUCUACAUGGGCACUUGCCAGGAUGAGCCUGAGCAGCUGGAUGAUUGGAACCGCAUCGCAGAGUUGCAGCAGCGCAACCGAGUAUGCCCCCCGCACCUGAAGACCUGCUACCCUCUGGAGUCCAGGCCUACCCUGAGCCUGGCCACCAUCACUGAUGAGGAGAUGAAGACUGGAGACCCCAGGGAAACCUUGCGUAGAGCCAGCAUGCAGCCAGCUCAGAUUGCUGAGGGUGUUGGCAUAACUACCAGGCAGCAGCGCAAACGGGUUUCCUCUGAGACCCACCAGGGCCCUGGCACUCCUGAGUCCAAGAAAGCUACCAGCUGCUUUCCACGCCCCAUGACCCCCAGGGACCGGCAUGAAGGACGUAAGAGCAGCACUGCUGACACCCAGAAGAAAGCAGCUCCAGUUCUCAAACAGGCGGACCGGCGUCAGUCAAUGGCUUUCAGCAUCCUUAACACGCCUAAGAAGCUGGGAAAUAGUCUUCUAAGGCGAGGAGCUUCAAAGAAGACCCCAGCAAAGGUCUCCCCCAAUCCUCGCAGUGGAACCCGCCGUUCUCCACGCAUUGCCACCACAACUGGCACUGCUACUGUUGCUACUACUCCUCGGGCCAAGGGCAAGGUGAAGCAUUAAAGAGUCAGCACCAGUGCUUGCGUGGCCCCACUGCAUUGUCAGCACUGACCUUGCUUGGUCCUUUCCCUCCUGCUGUCCCUCAGUGCCUUCUCUCAGCUCCCAGGCCAAUGGCGGCCAGUCCUCCCCAAGACGAUGAGGUUUGCCUGCACCCUGGCCUGCUACCUGGACUUUGCCUGGUGCCUUCUAGGCGUCUUUCAGAAAUGGCCCAGGAGGCUUGGAGCUUGGAAAGUGUGUGGUCUUCUCCCUAUCUUGCCUCCUGAUUUUUUUUUUUUCCCUCCGUUGUUUGGAAAAAAAAGUCUACUUUUCCAUCAAAACUAGAUUGAGACUGGAUUCUUUAGCCCAGUCUUCCUUAGUCUCUGGACCUAGAAGGGACCAUUGGAGAAGCAGGUUCUGCUUCUCUGUUCCUGGUGGCUGGGCCUAGCAGGGGUCUUUGCUCUUGAAGCCCAGGAUUGGGCACGACCUGGUAGGAGCCUCUGUUCUUACCUAUUUCCAUAUACAGCUGCCUGGAGGAUGCUUUUUUUCCAGGACAGAUAGGUUCUGGAUCUCAGGGGUGAGAUAGGGGGCAGCCUUCAAUGGCAGCUCAUACUUCACCUUCCCCAGACUUGCACUGGGGUAGGAUAUGGAACGAUGGGGAGGUUUUUAAGGGCCGGGGAUGGAUCUUUUCUAAAUGUUAUUACUUGUAAAUAAAGUCUAUUUUUCUCCCUUGA